AUGCACGAAAGAUACCGCCGAAGAAUAGAUCGCUUCAACAAGAUCGACGCCAAAUCGAAGCCUGUACUGUUCGUGCGGACAAUACCCACGACAGAUGAACUGAAGGCAGUUCCCGAGUGGCAGGCAUACCUGCUCCUAAUCAUCGAUUUUCAGAAGACUGCAGAGGGGGCUGCAGUUGUGGAAGGCAUACCAGCCUUACAGCCAGUGCUGGCUUGCAUGAGCAACAUCAUGGUGCACUACAUGGCUGGCAGCAAGCAUGUAAAUCAGGAGGGCUUGCCGGCUCCACCCUAUGGUGAGGCAGUGCAGCUGGCGCUAGAUUGGAUUGUGGGUCGGCCAGUAUCCGUGAUGCAGUUUGAUGGGUGGGACACCAUCAUCAAGUGCGCUGACCGGACGGAGUGGGGUCUCAAUGGCUUGGGUGGCCUCUAUGCCUUCGAGCAAAGCUUGGAGACACCAGAGGAAGAGCCCUUGGAGCCACUGGCACGAAGGUAUUGGUCUAUGCCGGACCCCUUGCCGCAGCUUCCUGGCAAGUCUUCCUUGGAGCUUGCUGAAAAGUACGCCAUACAGGCACUGGAGGAGAGACAGCUCAACGCGGAGAAUCUGAAGGUGAUAUCUCUUGGCUCAACAGGUCUGGUGAAGGCCUCUUUGCUCGCAAUGCGCCUUGACUCCGGCCCAAUGCCGUUCGAUUGGCUGCAGAUUACCGACGCAGGUGUGCUACAUUUUUUGCGUAAAGGGUGGGAGGCCCCAACUCGUGAGGGCCUGGGGGCCGGUGGUCAGCGACCCUCCGAGAAACAUGGCUUCUUCGACUACGGGACAAGGAGACCUGUGCCCGGCACCUCAUUAAAGAUGUGCCGCUCGCAUGUCCAUUCCUUCUGGCACGAUGACCCUGCAAAUCCGGAGGUUCGCGAAGAGUUCACCUCGCAGUUCAAGCGCUUUGAUGAUCUCGCGGAAGAACGGGGCGAUCUCAAACUUUUCGUGCGGGCUGUGGCGACUUCCAGCGAGCUGGGACGGGCACGAGACCUGAUGCAGGCUGUAACAAAAAAGUUCGGCAAGCAAGCCGCGCUGUUGUUGAUCUGCGAUUUUCAAAGUCAAGUCCAGGGACCGCAUAUGGUCGAUCCUUAUGAGGAUCUGAUGGUCUAUUUCCUUGAGGCAGCAGCCCACAGGGAGCCCAUUCCAUACAAGAAGCCCAUACUUGCGGCUUUGGACUGGAUCGCUGGAAGGGAGCUCCAGAUGGAUGUGGCUCCGGACUUCAAGGCACUGGAAGCCUUGGCGGAACCAACUUCCUGGGGCAUGAGAGGCCUAGGUGGAUUUCAUGCCUUCGAGAUGCUGGCAGCUGCAGCAGACGGCGAUGAAUGGAUACCUGGGCCCGAGGAGCAGUGGCUCGUAGAUGCCAAGUUCGAGGCAGACAAGGAGUCCCUGGCUCUCGUCUCCCUGGGAUACCAUGAGAAGCUUGGCCAGGCGUUGCGCGAGUUCAAUGCCGAAGCCUCACCAUUCAAUGGCUGCUUCGUAAGCGGUGAGGGCAUCCUCCAUUUCUUGCGAUCCGACUUCUGUGACUUCUUAGACAUGCCAAAGGCAGAGAAGGUUCCAGACACACAGUUUUACGUUCGUCGCUCCUGCUAUCACAGCUUCUGGGACCAUGAUGGUGAGUCAGCAAUGCAAGCUGCCAAAGAGGGCUUGAGGUCAUUUCGGGAGCUUCUGCAGACCAGCCGAACGAAGCUCUUUGUUCGGGCAGUUGCAAACAAUGACGAGGUGCUCUUGAUUGGUGACCUUUAUGCAGAGCUGACCAAGCGAUUUGGUCGUGCCUUGCUUCUGAUUCUCCUGGGCGGCCAGGCCGAGAGAAUAACUCUGACUUUGCAAGACAACUACAACAUCCUCUUUCAGCUCUUCGAGGAGGAUGUGGCGCAGACAGGCAACACGAGAUGCUACACAGAAAAUGUGAAGAAGUGCCUGGACUGGGCCGUUGGCAAGCCGAGCAAGGUCGGAGUCGUGCCUGACCUGGUGACGCUGAAGAACUUGCUGGCACCUGGACCAAUCUUGCCGAUAUACGGCCCUGGAGGGGCUCUCCCCAUCUUUGAGGAGUCGCACCUGCCCUCCACCGCGGAUGGAUCCCCAGAAAACUCUGCGUCAACUUCUUCGUCGCCAGCCAAGAUAGCUUCAGCAAACCCAAGCUCGGGCUACAACUCUUGA